CUCACAGCCCCUGCUGGGGGGGCCGCCGUCAGGGCUGAAACAAUGGCUCUUUCCAUCCCUUCGGUCUCAGAAUUGCCACGAACAGAAUCGUACAAAAUUCCACAGAUCGCGUAUUGGCUGAGACUCUUGGCUGAGUCCAUUCAAAGAGCGUCUUCGAGUCUAAGCCUUGGACGGACUUCCUGGGACGGGGGAUAUGACCCUGAAUCUAAUGAACCAUGGACAAAAGUUGCCAACGAUCCAAGGACUGGGAAAUUACUUCAAGCAGGCACUAAGCCUGUUCCUGACUGCUGCCCCACCGUGGCCCUUGGUUCCAUUGGU